UUUUAUUUCAUUCUUUGUUAAACUUUUUGUUUUAAAACAGGAAAUUUGUAAUUCAUAAGUUACGUAUGGAAUGGAUUUGUAACUAACAUAGCUUUGUGAAAAGGCUCCUUUUGUACAGACUGUAUUUAAUACCUUAUUACGUAUGAACGAAAUUAAUGUUUUAAUAUUUAGUAUUCAAAUUCCGCUCACAGUCACCGAUACACUCAUCAAUAUUAUUCAAAACAUCCGUUAAUCUUCACAGGCCAUUCACAAAUUAGUUUCUAUUCUUUACCAGUCAAUAGUCCCACGACAUUAAGAAUUAUAAAUUGGCAAUACUCGGCCAGUUCUAUCUGGACUCUCGAAAAGGAAAGAUCUCUGAAAUGCUAUUGCAAUCAAUUUAUUUGAGUUGUGUUCUUAACAUAAUCACUUGUGAUCCGUUUAAGAUUAAUCAUGAAGAUUAUGAUAAUAUAAAAGAGGGAGAGAAAGCUGCAUUCUUCGAGCUUCCAUGCAUGCUGGUUGGUGGUACUUGUGCGAGAGGGUUCGCCUGCCCUCCAGGGACGAGGAUCGGUGAACGAGGGCUGUGCCCUGAACAGCAAGAGUACGGCAUGGAGUGUUGCAGACCUUUGUCAGUGGACAGGCGAUGUCGGUCAAGAGGAGGCCUGUGUCAACAAAAAAGCAAGAAAUGCCCUCGAAAUUUAAGGAUAACAGACGCUAAUGAUUGCAGACGUACAGAAAUGUGUUGUUACAAGAACCUUGAGGAGAACGAUUAGAAGGAAAAAUAUUGAGAAUUAUAUGAAGUUCCUUAUAGUUUUAUGUUAGAAGACAGUAUCUUAAGCUAAAAUAUUGUAGGUACUAGGUAUGGGCGCAAUGUAAUGCAAGUGUCCAAAACUCGAUAACUAUGAAAGGCAAUGAAAUAAAAAUGCAAUGGAUUAAUUUCAAUAGAUCUAUAUCUGUGAACCGUUGUAGUUGAUUUACCAAACAAACUAGUGAGGUCAAUGACCGAUAGUUCAAAUUUUUCCAUUGCAUUUUGUUGCGUUUUAUGUAGGAUGGGUUAUUUUUUAUUUGUUAUGUGUGAAGGUUCUUAAACAAAUAAUUCUCACAAUUAUUUUUUAUGAUUUUGACUUUCGGUUAUAAGGAUAGUAAUAGUAGGUGAUAGAUAUAUUGAAAUGUUAAUCCAUAAAUAAUAAUCGCAGCAUUUAUUUUUCUUAUUUUGAAAUCCUGUAGACUCCCAAACAAUAAACAAAUCUUUAAAUACUGUUACCAUUUGUAAGAAUAAAUUUACAGUUUUUAAAUCCCCAGGAUGCUUGAAUUCGAUAUUAGACAUUGCAUAUUUAUCAUUGCACUAGCUAAUCCAUUUUAUUCGAAGCCAUAUAUUGCUA